GCCCAAAAGACCGUUCACCUAACCCAAGGUUCAUAAAGCUUAUAUAUUUUUAAAAAGUUACGUACGUGACGCGCACGUACGGUACGUGUUAUGCUAGCUCCUAUGCUAGCUCCUAGCUCCAUAGAACACGCCAAUACAAUUCAAACACCUGAUCAACACACACAAUCACUCAGCCCAAAAGACCGUUCACCUAACCCAAGGUUCAUAAAGCCUAUUUAUUUUUAAAAAGUUACGUACGUGACGCGCACGUACGGUACGGUACGUGUUAUGCCAGCUCCUAGCUCCUAUGCUAGCUCCUAGCUCCAUAGAACACGCCAAUACAAUUCAAACACCUGAUCAACACACACAAUCACUCAGCCCAAAAGACCGUUCACCUAACCCAAGGUUCAUAAAGCUUAUAUAUUUUUUAAAAAGUUACGUACAUACGCAAAAAAAAGUUGCGCACAUACGGUCAAGCGAUCAAAUGUUUAGAAGCCAAAGCUGCAUACUCACAGUAGCACGUCUGCGUCUUUGUCAUCCAAAUCAAAGUAAUUCUGGUAAGAGUCUGUGUUGUCCCAGUUCUCUACAGGCGUCUGUGUAUCGAAGUCAAAAGUCCUCCUGGUUAGAGUCUCUGUUAUCCGAGUUCUUCCAUCUUGACUGCAUCUUUCGGGAAUGUAAACAAAGAAGCGCCGGCUGUGUACUGUUGUUGCUGACUACGUUCGAAAAAUACGUCCAUUUCGCACCGACAACUUUCUUCUUUGCUUGCUCAGCUUCCUUCUCCAUAAUGCAAUGAACAUGAUAGCAACAGAUUCACGAACACAGAUGUCCAGAAUACUGUGGAAUUAUGAAAUGAAAACAGAGCUUUUUCGUGUUGGCUUCAAUGUGGAAGGCAUACCCGUGUUCCCCGGUCUACGUCACGCGCAUACGUCAUCCUCAGAGGCGUUUCGAACCGGAAGUUUAGCGGCAAAUUUAAAAUGUCACUUUAUAAGUUAACCCGGCCGUAUUGGCAUGUGUUAUAAUGUUAAGAUGUCAUCAUUGAUAUAUAAACUAUCAGACUGCGUGGUCGCUAGUAGUGGCUUUCAGUAGGCCUUUAACGCUGCCUUUGGUAUCCUCUCGUUGUCCGCUUUUCGAAAAUAGCUAGCUAGGCUAUAGACUAUAUAGUAUAGACCGCAUGUUAUUUUUGUACAACAACAACUUCAGCUGUCGAACGUUAUAAGGUACAAAUUCAACAAGUACAACAUUAGCACGGACGGUAUAGCCAAGUUGUGGUUAAGAAGGUGGAUUUUUGUUCCUUAUAUUUAGCAGAAACGAAGUGAUCCGAACACACGACCCGGGACUUUGGGGGACUCCAGUGAGAACCGUCCUCGUUUUCCCGGUGUAAAGCUGCGAGCCAUUUGUCUCGUCUCUGUGGGCUUUUAUCACGCUUUGGCAGAACAAAAUACAACCUUUGUUUUCCCUGUUUCCAGUUGUGGUUAGCACAACCAAAAACAACACCGUUUUUCGGCAUUUUGGAGGCAGAAUGACGGGUUUAACCGUUAAAGAGUAAUGGCGACGGUUUGUUUUCAACGCCAGUCUGGUUGCUAUGGCUCGAAGAACCCCUUCCGGCCAUGCGUCAUGACGACUCCUCCUCCAGCCGCAGGAAAGGCCCCACCCCGCGGCGCCGGCCACAGCAGCAGACGCCCGCCUCCACGCCACACCCCCUGAGGCCAGGUAAGCCGCCGCCACCGCCAGGACGCCGUCUUGACUUUGCCGGGUCCAACAAAAGGCGUCUUUCAGGAACGUCUCCGAAGAAGCGAAGGUUCCGUCCGGGUACCAGGGCCCUGAUGGAGAUCAGGAAGUACCAGAAGAGCACCGACCUUCUCCUGAGGAAGGCGCCCUUUGCCCGCCUGGUGCACGAGGUGUGCCAGACUUUCGGCAGAGGGUCCUUCAGGUGGCAGGUGUUGGCCCUGCUGGCCCUGCAGGAGGCGGCCGAGGCCUUCCUGGUCAUGUUGUUCUCCGACGCCAACCUCUGCGCUAUCCACGCCAAGAGGGUCACCUUGUUCGACCGCGACCUGCAGCUCGCCCGCAGGAUCCGAGGAGCCGAUCAUCUCUAGGCCCCUUGGGGCUUCUUUCAAAAUAAAAGUCUUGCAGUCUG